AUGGCUAAUAUGAUUGGCAGUGAAGUACUCCUGAAUUGCACGAUAACAAUCGGUAAUGAAGCAAAUAGUGCAAGUGGUGAAGUGGAAUGGUGGAGAGAUGGGCAACCGAUCGAUUUUAAAAAUACUAAAAAAUAUAUAUCAAAAGUAAAACGAGACAGUAGAACGAUCGUUCACACAUUACGGAUUCUUAGGGCCUCAAGCGAAGAUGAUGGAAGUUAUUCAUGCAAAACGGGAGAUGAACCGGAAUCAACUCAUAUGCUACACGUCAAUACAAAUCUGGCUCUAUACAACGGCAGCCGAAGAAUCCAGAGGAUAUCUUGGCCUUUAUUGAUAUUACUUUUUCUCCUUGUUUCGUCUCAUUUGGACUUCCCGAAUGUGUCAACAACGCAACUUUUCAAAUUAUGA